GAUGUUUAUGUUCCACGUUAGAAAUCAAUGAGAAGCCCUGCAGCAAUAAAGAUGGAGCGCAACCACUGAAACCCUGAAGAGGAAGGCAGAGGAUUGUCAGGAGCAACAGACCGUGGCUGUAAAUCAACAAAAAUGGGUCUCUCAGCUUUUCUUUUCGUCGCUCUAACUGCAUCUCUCUGUUCACUUGGAAGUCUCACUCAGACGUUGGAUUCAGUAGCUGCCUCUGAUACUGUCGAGAUACCUCAAAGUGCAGGUGGAAACACUGACAGGCUGAAAAAUGUAGCCGGCAGAGACACAUUUGGUUCAGAGGGCCUUGUGGAGGGCAGCGGACAGACUGCUGACAUUCUGACUUUACUGGAGCUCAGCAACGAGGAGACUGCAGUCCGAAAGGAGUCUGAGCGAUUGAGGAAUGCAAACCACUCAGGGACUGGAAUCACAUUAACCACAAGACCAGCACUAAGUGUUUACAGCUCAGGAGCUCACAACCAAGGAGCAGACAAAACUAAAGGUUCAGUUACAGGAUCUGAACGCUCCACUGUGUUCUCUGAGGACGCCUCUUUUGAUGGUGAUGAUGACUGGCAGAAAGGUGAAGACCACUCCAGAAUCCCAGUCCAAACCAGUGUGUUUACCUUCAUGAAUGAUCCCAGCCUGUCGAGACCAGGAAGCCCAUGCGUACUCGGCGCCUUGCAUUGCACGAUCUUUAACAGCUUCAAUGGCACCAGCCUGCUGUGGGAUGACAUGAGCCGUACCCUGGCAUUUGCUUGGGAGCUGCAUGUCUUUGGAUCUGCAAGCCUUUUCGUGUUGAUAACAGCUCUGGCGGCUUUGGGAAUUGCUGGAGCGUGCACUCUUCCUCAUACCCUUUGUGAUGCCCUCACGCUUUCUAAUAGUUUCCUUGCUGUAGCAGGUGCUCUGCGCACAACCCUCCUCCUCGUCGAUCCUUACGGUACCCGUCAGAUCCUGCCUCAUGCUACUCUGGCAGCUCUACAUAAUAUUCCUCUGCUGCUUCUUCUGUGGACGCAGGUUGUCCUCGCUCUUGUCACGCUCCGAGGGAUAAAAGUAACAUCUCUCCCUUCAAAGCUGCAGUCCCCAUGGGUGGUUGGAGUCCUUGGUGUAUCGCACUGCACUUUCUUACUUUUAGCCGAUCUGUACUCUUCAACUUUGCCCCCAGCUUUUCCUCUUUUGUUGCAGACCAUCUCCCUUUGCUGGGGUAUCCCUUUCUGCCUGGGAAUCCUCACCAAGUCCCUCUCCCAUUCACAACCUUUCUCCAGAUCUGCUGUCCCAGAGUGGGUUCCCUCUCAGAGGACAAAGAGGCUCGGAAAGCGAGUAACGGCUGUGUGCGCCUUCCUUGGUGUUCUCUGUUGCAGCAUUCAGAUAUACAGUGUUCUUUGGCUCUAUGGGCUCCUGGGGAACUGGAGGCGCUUUAGCUGGGGUUGGUGGCUCAGUCAGUUCUGGGCCAGGAUUUUUGAGUUAGCAUGGGGAUUCUCUGUCCUUUUUCUUGGAUCCUGGGUCUUCUGGACGCCAUCUAAAGGCCAAGCAAGAGGCGUUGAUUUACAGGGUAGAGAUAAUAUCUCUAAAAAGGAAGUAAAGAAAAGCUUGUGGCAAAGAGUUUUGGUUUGCAUGCAAAGAGGCCUGAGGGGGAAAUCAGAGAAGUCCUUGGAAGAUUUGAUGCCAAACAACAUUGCAAAGCAUAACAUGUCUAGAUCUGGUGUCAGCAACAAUGCACUGCAUGGUGAUAAGCAGGCUCCCUCUAAACUGGACUAUAGUUCUGAUCCUGUUAGCAUCAGCAGCUCUGACUCUCAGACUGCGCUGCUGUGGCAGAAAGUUGGUGAACGAGAAUGUGUCCUCUCACUUAUAGAGUUCGACAUGCGACCCCCGUCUCCCAUCAACCUCAGGCUCAGCAUUGACAACGCCCUUUGUCACGGGCAGCUCAUAGCUGGGGCUGUCUUCACGCCUCCCCCUCCCUCUUGGACUCAAAGUUUGGGCACAGAUGGAGAGAGGGGACCAACCACAUUUCCUCCAGCCUACGUCAGAUAUGGGUGGAUGAUGGAUACGGAGUCCAUUUCUGCAUCUUUAGACCAUUUCCAGACCAAGGAGCCAGCACAGUCAGUAAAUGCCACACCAGAUUUUAAUAGCAGGAUUGGAUCUCCAGCUGCUGAACCAACGGGAGAACAAUUUACUGGAGUGAUGCUCCAAAAUGACUGGUCUGAUGACGACGUUACUGAUCUCUAGGCUCAUUAGGGUAGAGUCUUUAAAAAUGCUAAAUAAUUUUUUUUAAACCCACAAUGUUAUGCU